AUGGGAUAAAGCCAACCAAAAGACAAUAGAAGAUAAGUGAAAGGAGGCAUUUAUAUUUAACUUUAAAAGACUGCCUUCGUUAGUAAUUAAGUUAUUCAGGGAAUGUUAAACAUUAAUUUAGAAGAACCUUUUUAAGGGCAUAUCCUAUAAGUUACUUUAGUAGGUUUAGAAGAAACUCACUUUACAUAUACGGUUGGCAGUGGUAAACAUAGAAGAACAGUUCAUGCUAGAGGGUAUAAUAGUUUUCUUAAUUUUAGUCUUCCUAUUUAUGAUUUCGCAUAAGGAACAAAUGAUACAGCUUUUAUAAUACAUCCUUGUUAGAUACAAAUUCCCUUUUAAAUGAAUGUUGCAGAUAAGCUUCCUUCUUCUAUGAAAUACUUCUAUAGCUAACAUACUUAAUGCAGCUUAAAAUACACUCUUUUCGCUUCUAUUAUUCCAACAGAAGCUAACGUAAAACCUAUAGGAGGAAGUUAAGAGAUAUUUAUAGGGUAAUAAAUCCCCUCUUUAGAAUUGUAAAAUAUGACAAAUUCUAUUUAAGAACCAGUAAUAUGUUGCUGUUGCAGAUCUGGAUAGAUUAAAUACAACAUAUAAACAAAUGGAAGAUCUUUCGCUCCUAAUGAAAAUAUAUAAAUUAAAUUAGAUGUAGAUUUUAGCUAAUAUGGAAAAAAAGUCAACAAUCUAAACGUCAAAUUACUUGGAUAGCUAAUAAUGAAGGCAAGCAAUACUUAGAGAACUAAAUAUAUAAACAUUUUUGAAAAAAUGGUAAAUGUUAAAGUAGAAAAAACUCAUAUAAAUGAAAAUGUAUAAUUAUAAGUGCCUGGGAAUGUUACAUUGUCUUGCUAAGGUUCAUUAAUUUAAGUAAAUUAUUUCUUAGAAUUUUAUCCAGAAAUUAGUACUUGCUGUUGUGUUUCAAAGAGUUCUCCUCAUGAAAUAAAGAUCUACAUUAAUCCUAAUUCAAGCUAAGCUUAUAACUUUAGCGAUGCUCCUUAAUAAUUAUAAAUUAUGCCUCCAUAAAAUUGGAAUCCAACAUAAUUGUAACCAACUUAGUUUACUUCAUAAUAAACAAGUUAUAUAUAGCAAUAGUCACUUAAAUUUGUCUCAUAAGAGGAACAAUACUUAUAUUAACAAAAUGCUUAGUAACAAAAUCCUUAACUUUACCCAUAUUAAUAAAGUAAUAUGAAUGGGUUAGCUAAUCCGAUGACUUCUUAAAUUCAAUAACCUAAUUAAUCACCAUACAUGAAAGAUUAAAAUUAGUAUUAUCUUUGA